CGUAACUGUCUUCGACUAAGACUCUAAAAGGGAUUCACCCUUUAGAAUUAACGAAUCCUAGGUAUUGAUUAACAUAAAUUAAGUCAUAGAUCGUAAGUAGUAAGUCGUAAAUUUUAAAUAGAAAAUAGUAAGUAGUAAAUAGUAAACAUAAGUAGGCAGUAAGUUCUAAAUAUAAUAAGAAAGUAGUAAAUAAGGAGUUGUAUGUAGUAAGAAGACCUCUUGAUCGUGAGGUAACAAUAUUUCUAAUAUAAUUUAAAAGGCGAAGUUAAUAAGUUAUCACACUUUGGGGUGAUUCUAUAAGGUUUGGUUACACAACGUAAAGAUGGAACACAACUUAAAGUAGGGUUACAAAGUAUAGAUGGGAUAUAAUGUCCUACAUCUGUUCACUGCUGUGGAUCAGCCAUAGUGUGCUAGACUAGGUUUCUAUUGUAAUAUGCUAUGGUGUGUAUUUCAUAGUUGAAUGCAAGUUAAGUUAUUACAUAGACGAUGUAUUAAACUAUAUGAAUUACGACUGGUGUAUUACAGCGUAUGUAUACUAGUUGUAUUACAGUGUAUAUGUAUACUAGUUGUAUUACAGUGUAUAUGUAUACUAGUUGUAUUACAGUGUAUAUGUAUACUAGUUGUAUUACAGUGUAUUAUGUAUUAUGGCGGGCGAAAUUAAGUUCAAAAUCAAUUUUUUUUUUAAGUGCGUAACCAAAUACUGGGUAAAUUGUCAAGGGCCAAACGCCCGUGAAGAGUAAACCUACUGUAAAAAGUCUACCUACUGUAAAGAGUCAACCUACUGUAAAGAGUCUACCUAAUGUAAAGCCUGCUGUAAAUUUGUAAUGAUUCUGCCUACUGUAAAGUGUCUACCUACUGUAAAGAGUCUACCUACUGUAAAGAGUCUACCUACUGUGAAGAGUCUACCUAGUGUAAAGAGUCUAUAUACUGUGAAGAGUCUACCUACUGUAAAGCCUGCUGUAAAUUUGUAAUGAUCUACCUAUUGUAAAGAGUCUAUUUACUUUAAAGAGUCUACCUAUAGUAAAGCCUGAUGUAAAAUUCUACCUACUGUAAAGAGUGUACCUACUGCGAAGAGUCUACCUAGUGUAAAGAGCCCAACUGCUGUAAAGAGUCUCCUACUGUAAAGAGUCUACCUACUUUGAAGAGUCUACCUACUUUGAAGAGUUUACCUAAUUUGAAGAGUCUACCUACUGUAAAGAGUCUACCUGCUGUAAAGAGUCUACCUGGUGUAAAGAGUCUACCUACUGUAAAGAGUCUACCUACUGUAAAGAGUCUACCUGCUGUAAAGAGUCUACCUGCUGUAAAGAGUCUACCUACUGUAAAGAGUCUACCUGCUGUAAAUAGUCUACCUACUGUAAAGAGUCUACCUACUGUGAAGAGUCUAACUACUGUAAAGAGUCUACCUAUUGUGAAGAGUCUACCUACUGUAAAGAGUCUACCUACUGUAAAGAGUCUACCUACUGUGAAGAGUCUACCUACUGUGAAGAGUCUACCUACUGUAAAGAGUCUACCUAUUGUGAAGAGUCUACCUACUGUAAAGAGUCUACCUACUGUAAAGAGUCUACCUACUGUGAAGAGUCUACCUACUGUGAAGAGUCUACCUACUGUAAAGAGUCUACCCACUGUAGAGAGUCAUUGUAUCACCAUCACGCAUGUGUAAAGGUUCAUCGGUCUUGUUCACAACAGCUCAGCUAAAGGUUUGGGUUGUAAUGAAAAGUCGUUGUAUAUUAUUGUUUUUCGACACGUGCUAGUGAAUUUGAAGUUAUUUUUUUAUAUCAUUGGAACGUUCAUUUGUUUGACUUGACUGAAUGUGUAGAGUGAGGCUUGACUGAAUGUGUAGAGUAAGGCUUGACUGAAUGUGUAGAGUGAGACUUGACUGAAUGUGUAGAGUGAGACUUGACUGAAUGUGUAGAGUGAUACUUGACUGAAUGUGUAGAGUGAGACUUGACUGAAUGUGUAGAGUGAGACUUGACUGAAUGUGUAGAGUGAGACUUGACUGAAUGUGUAGAGUGAGGCUUGACUGAAUGUGUAGAGUGAGGCUUGACUGAAUGUGUAGAGUGAGGCUUGACGGAAUGUGUAGAGUGAGACUUGACUGAAUGUGUAGAGUGAGACUUGACUGUAUGUGUAGAGUGAGACUUGACUGAAUGUGUAGAGUGAGGCUUGACUGAAUGUGUAGAGUGAGGCUUGACUAAAUGUGUAGAGUGAGGUUUGACUGAAUGUGUAGAGUGAGGCUUGACUGAAUGUGUAGAGUGAGGCUUGACUGAAUGUGUAGAGUGAGACUUGACUGAAUGUGUAGAGUGAGACUUGACUGAAUGUGUAGAGUGAGACUUGACUGAAUGUGUAGAGUGAGACUUGACUGAAUGUGUAGAGUGUGACUUGACUGAAUGUGUAGAGUGAGACUUGACUGAAUGUGUAGAGUGAGACUUGACUGAAUGUGUAGAGUGAGACUUGACUGAAUGUGUAGAGUGAGACUUGACUGAAUGUGUAGAGUGAGACUUGACUGAAUGUGUAGAGUGAGACUUGACUGAAUGUGUAUUUAUGUAGGAGAAUUGUUCAGGGCCGGAAUGUAUAAAAUCCGUGAGAAUCCCUAACUACCGCUAACUCAGACAUUUUCCAUGAAAACACCGGGGUUACGUUGUCAGUGUGUGACAGAAAUGGGGAAUUCAUUUUUUGGGCCUGUCACGUCACACGACAUAUGCUGUAGAGAGUGAUGACGUAAAUGUAUGGCUCAUUAGAUUUAAUGGAUAUGGGUGUAGGUUGGGGUGACCAAAUCAUGAACUGGAAAAAAACGGGACACGCCCUAGGAGGGUUUUGGGAAUACCCUCCCGCUAAAGAGGGGUCCGGGGGCCCCCACCGGAAACUGUUUAUUGAAACAUGCGCAUUGGAAACUAUUUUGAGACCUAGAAAUCUUUUUUAAUUUACCUUCACUUUUUUAAUUUACCUUCACUUUUGUCAUUUACCUUCACUUUUUUAAUUUACCUUCACUUUUGUCAUUGAGUUUAAAAUCUGAAGUAUAUCAUAAACGAAAACAAGAAGUUGGCAGUGAAUACUUGUUGUAUUGAUUCAUCGAAGAUCUCUGGCAGAGGCACUGUGGUUUAAGCAGAGUGGUGGUGGUGGGGGGGGGGCAGUGCAGGCAUCACGCGAGCCCACAUCACUACUGGCACUGGCUACACAGCAAGCCAAAUUAUGACUUGAAGCAAUAUGAUACAUUAGGAAGUUUUAGUAAGUUGAAAAUGUAAUUAGUUUUAGAAACGGGACAUUUAGUUAGGCGUCCCGAGAGAUUUUUUCGAGACAGCGGGUACGAUCGUGAAAAAACGGGACAAUCCCGUUUUUAAGGGACGUUAUGUUUCCCCACCCUAGUGUAGAUGAAAUUGUUUGCAAACAAUACUGAAUAACUUGUAAACAUGUCAUUGUUUUUUUUUUUGUUUUUUUUCUGUAACAUUCGCCACGUUACUUCUGCUACCGAGGUCAGGGCCUGGAUUAUUGGCCUGGUGGGAGAUAGCGCUUCCGNCUGGAUUAUUGUCCUGGUGGGAGAUAGCGGUGGCGUGUUACCCCCCCCCCACCCCCCUCCAACUUUACAGGGGGAUAACUCUCGUGAAAUACAUACAUUUUAUUUAAAAAUAAGUAAGCAAUUUCAUAUGCUUAUUUAUUUAGAGGGAAAGAGGCUUAUAAUUAUGUCCAUUUGUUCAGGGACAGCGGGUGCAAAAUUAAGUUCUUUUGUUCAAGGGAAAUGGACGCAAAAUUAUGUUCUCUUGGUUCAGGGGCAAUGGGCGCAAAAUUAAUUUCUUUUGUUGAUGGGUAAUGGGCGCAAAAUUACAUUCUUUUAUUCAGGGGCAAUGGGCUCAAAAUUACGUUCUUUUUCCUAAGGCAUAGACAAUUGUAAAUCCGGCCAUUUUAACCAAUAGAGUAACAAUUUGUUACAACUUGUAUUAGUUUGACUUACCUGAAUGGGUAGAGUGAGACUUGUCUGAAUGUGUAGAGUGAGACUUGACUGAAUGUAUAGAGUGAGACUUGACUGAAUGUGUAGAGUGAAGGCUACUUAUUUAUAUUACUAUACAGACUAAACCGUUUAUAACAGGCAUAAAUGAACUGUAUAAAUAUGUCCACGUCACAUGACAUUCGCAUGGAGCCCCAAUCAGACGUUCUGGACUUGGCUCAAGAAACUAGAAAACUUCAAGGUAAGUAAGAACAUUUACAGUACCGGGUUAUGUAAGAACAGUGGCAGUACUAAGGCCAUGAAGCGACAGUGCUAGGGCAUGAAGCGACAGUACUAGGGCAUGUAGCUACAGUACUAGGGUAUGCAGCUACAGUACUAGGCUAUGUAAAACUGCUACAGUAUCAAGGUAUGUGAGAACAUUCACAGUACUGAGAUAUGUAAGAACCGUUACAGUAACGGGGUAUGCAAGAACAUGUACAGUGCUAGGGCAGCAUAUAGUAGCAGUACUUGGUUAAUUGAGAAGAGUCUAACUCCUGUGAAGAGUCCAACAUCUGUAUUUAAUUUUAACUGAUAAAUCCUGGAUACAGAUGUAACUGUCAUGAUUACGAUAGCUCUGCAUGAUAGCUUUUUUUUUUUUUUUUUUUAAUAAAUUUUUUAAUCGCUUUUUCCUACAAUAAUGGUUCAAAACACUUCAAUAAACAUUAAGGUACUCCAGAUCUCUUUAUCAAUUUAAAAUAUAUUAUGGCAAAGAUUUAAUUGAAUGUCUUAUCUUGAACUGAAUGACCAGGGUGCCAUGAAUGUGAAGUGAACUUUGGCACAGAAGCAGACAUUCACCAACACAAAACACGCUGCACUAAGAACCCUGGCCACCAGCAGUUCAUCCCAGUCAAUGACUUCACCAUCUCACACCUGCCCGCCAGGUACCAGGAUGCUCAACUCGUGGACGUCAUUCAGCUGAUAUCCCGGCUGACGGCCCUCUUGACUGUGUCACACAUCAGCAAUGACAGACCAGAGUUCUUCCCCUUCACGGAUAUACCCUAUCCGUUUUUCAAAUCUCGCGGCAGCCAUAACUUUUCUCGCACCGGGUCGGGAAGGUGCGUGGAUUUUUAUAAACGCACGGUCGUCAACAAUGAGCCGUGCAAGUGUAAGGUGUGUAGGACGUCCGGCACACCGGUGAUGACGUGGGAUGCGAUCGUCAUUCACACGGCCACACACGUCGUGUUUGAUGAGAAGGAGGC